GAAAUAGCCUGGAUUUAAUUUACUUUCUGCUUAUUGGUCAGUUAAUCAUAUAUAUAUAUAUAUAAACAUAUAAACGCUUAAUUUUAUUAUCGUAUUCAAAUUCGUGUGAAUGCAAAAAGGCAAUAAAGGACUUGUACUGGUAACCGGUGGUUCCGGGUUUAUUGGAAGUCAUACAAUUGUGGAACUGGUCAAUAAUGGCUAUUCAGUUAUCACUUUGGAUAACUUAAGUAAUUCCAGUAUUAAAUGUAUAGAACGUAUUGAAAAAAUAAUUAAUGAGAAAUUGCUUUUCUAUGAAGUGAACUUAUUAGAUAAAAAAGCUGUGAAUGAUAUCUUUGAAAAACAUAAAAUUGAUUAUGUCAUACACUUUGCCGCUUUAAAAUCCGUAUCAGAAUCAAUUGAAAAGCCUAUACAAUAUUACAACAAUAAUUUAGUGGGUAUAUUGAAUUUAUUGCAGGUGAUGAUUGCGCAUAAUGUUAAAAAUUUCGUUCUGUCCAGUUCUGCUACUGUCUAUGGUGAACCUCAGUUUUUACCACUUACGGAACAACAUCCAGUUGGAAAUUGUCAAAAUUCAUAUGGUAAUACAAAACUUUGUUGUGAAUUAAUACUGAAGGAUCUAUAUACGUCUGAUCCUACAUGGAAUAUUAUAAGUCUACGGUAUUUUAAUCCAGUUGGUGCACAUGCCAGUGGAUUAAUUGGUGAAGAUCCACGAGGAAUUCCAAAUAAUCUAAUGCCUUAUGUGACUCAAGUAGCCAGUGGUUUAUUACCUUACGUAAAUAUUUAUGGAAGCGAUUAUCCAACAGUCGAUGGGACAGGUGUUCGAGACUAUAUUCACGUUGUUGAUCUAGCUGAAGCCCAUACUAAAUCAUUGGAUAAAAUCAAACAGAACUGUGGUUUAAAGAUAUAUAAUUUAGGUACAGGGCAAGGAUAUUCUGUAUUACAAAUGAUUGAAGCGAUGGAAACAGCAAGUGGUAAAACAAUUCCUUAUACAAUAUGUUCAAGACGACCUGGUGAUUGUGCAACUGUUUAUUCAGAUGCAUCAUUAGCUCAACAAGAGUUAGGAUGGAAAGCAAAAUAUAACAUUGAUAAAAUGUGUGAAGAUUUAUGGAAUUGGCAGGUGAAAAAUCCACAAGGUUAUCUCACUUCAGCACAUUCUAAUAAUUGAUUUAUUUUCUCAGGUUUUACUUAAUUUGUGCCUUUUUCUUCAUUUUCUAUUUUAUGUAAUAUCUUUGAUUGCGAAAUUGUGUUUCGUAUGGGCUUUCUCUCAAAUUAAUUUGUUUUUAUCAGGUUUUUUGUAUGAUGAUUUCGCUUAAUUUAAUAUGUGAAUAAAGUUUUUCUAAUAAUACAA